CUAGAGUGCAAGUAGCAAAGGCGGGAGGACUAUAUAUGGUCGCUUAACCCUCCCUUCAGUUCUAUUAAAAAAAAACUCUCCUUCCUCACAUAGAGAAUCAAACGGUCCAUGAUGCUCUAUGCCGAUCGGACGGUAUUCCCUACACGGGAACUGAAGCCAUUCACGGUAGGAUAGCGAUUUUGGUCGAGGGGCGACAACAUCCAUAUCGACGGAAAGGAAACGGCCGAACCACCCAAAAGGCCAACAUGAAUCACAUGCCGCGACGCCUCGCUCCAAAAACCGCACAAUCCCGUAAGGCGGCCGACCCCCGCGUCCUUGGUGCAUCGAACCCGCUCCAAGUCCUGUACCUCGCCGUACGUCAGCUCCCCCCUUAUUUUAGCCCCCGGCUCGAUCGCAACUUCACAUCGCGCAUCCACUCCACACCACACGCUUCACUGGUUCCGAGCACUCGCCACCGAUACACUCCAGUGGCAGCCGAGCUAGCCGAGAGCCAAGCAACUUGCCGUGGCCAAUAAGCUCCCGUGAGCUGACGUCUCGUGCUCGACGGCUCGGCGCUAUAUAUAAAAGCGUAGUAAGCUGGUAAAAAAUUCACAAGGCCACGCGCAUCUUGUCUCGGCCAAAAAAAAGAGAGCGCACACGCGGUUGAUUUGUUUGACCGACGCGCGUAGGCGGAGGCGGCGAGCUAGCGGGGCCGGCGGGCAUGUCGUGGUCCGAGACGGACGCCGCGCUGUUCGCGGCGGUGCUGGGGCACGACGCGGCGCAUCACCUGGCCACCACGCCGCCGCACCUCGACGCGCCGGAGGGGUCGCCGUCGUCGGCCGAGCUGCAGGCGAGCCUGCACGACCUCGUCGAGCGGCAGGGAGGGGCCUGGACGUACGGCAUCUUCUGGCAGGAGUCCCGCGGCGCCGGUGCCGCCAGCGGCCGCGCUGCCCGCGCCGUGCUCGGCUGGGGCGACGGCCACUGCCGCGACGGUGCCGGACACGGGGAGGUCGGCGCCGCGGAGAGGAGCGUGGCGCGGAAGCGCGUGCUGCUGCGGCUGCACGCGCUGUACGGAGGCGGGGAUGAGGAUGGCGCCGACUACGCGCUCCGGCUGGACCGGGUCACCGGCGCCGAGAUGUACUUCCUGGCGUCCAUGUACUUCUCCUUCCCGGAGGGCUCGGGCGGACCGGGCCGCGCUCUGGCCUCCGGCCGCCACGCCUGGGCGGACGUAGACCCCCACCCUUCCGGCUCCGGUAGCGCGCCAGGGUGGUACGUUCGCUCGUCUCUCGCCCAGUCCGCGGGGUUACGCACCGUCGUCUUCCUCCCGUGCAAGGGCGGCGUUCUCGAGCUCGGUUCCGUCGUAGCCAUCCGCGAGACCCCCGAGGUCUUGCGCGCCAUCCAAUCUGCCAUGCGCGCCGUGCCAGCUCCGCCGGAAGAUUUCAUGAGAAUCUUCGGCAAGGAUCUCUCACCCGGCCGACCGUCCCAGCCCAUGGGAUGCGACGCCCCAUGGACGCCGCGGCUCGUUGUCCAAACCACGCCGGUGCGCCCAGCCAAGAAGGAGGUGGUCAAGGCGAAACCAGCCGAGCCCCCCAAGAGCUUGGACUUCUCCAAGGCGAACGUGCAGGAACAGGCCGGCGGCCAGGAGCGGCGGCCGCGGAAGCGUGGGCGCAAGCCGGCGAACGGGCGGGAGGAGCCGCUGAACCACGUGGAGGCGGAGCGGCAGCGGCGGGAGAAGCUGAACCAGAGGUUCUACGCGCUGCGCGCGGUGGUGCCCAAGAUCUCCAAGAUGGACAAGGCGUCCCUGCUCAGCGACGCCAUCGCGUACAUCCAGGAGCUGGAGGCCCGGCUCAGGGGCGACGCGCCCGUGCCCGCGCGGGCGGAUGGGCCGGCCGUGGAGGUGAAGGCAAUGCAGGACGAGGUGGUGCUGCGCGUGACCACGCCCCUGGACGAGCACCCCAUCUCCAGGGUGUUCCACGCCAUGAGGGAAUCCCAGAUCAGCGUCGUGGCGUCGGACGUGGCGGUGUCGGACGACGCCGUCACGCACACGCUCAUGGUGCGGUCGGCCGGGCCGGAGCGGCUCACGGCGGAGACGGUGCUCGCGGCGAUGUCGCGGGGGGUGAGCGUCACCACUCCCUCCCCGUGACAGUGCAGUGCAGUAAGUUAGUACUGUACUACCAGUACAGCAGUACUCGUGCGUACGGUAUAGCUGCCAACUGUUAUCAGUCUUUGAAUCCUAGGUAGGUGCAACUCCUUGUGACUUCAAGCAAUUAAUGGAAGCAAAGAUGAUAUUUAUAUAUUUCUUUUCCUGAUUUAUAUGUUAGAUUUAGAUCAUUGUCUUAAAAAAAUGUUAGAUUAAGAUGCAUGUACACAAAUUUAGCCUGAAGCAUCGUAUAGGGGUUUUCCAUACUUUGAUAUGGCAAUGACAUGUCCUCGUUGUUGGAUAAGCUUUUGUUUUCGCUCAA